GCUUGCGUGGUUCCAAUAUGGCGGCUUCUGUAGUGAAUUAGAGGCAAAAUGUAGAUUUAUUCCUGGCCAGGUAUUAAGUAAUCAUGCCUAACUGGUAUUUCAGUAAAGAGGGCUUGGUGAGAACACCAUCAAGGUUGGAUGGUAUCGAUUAUAUGACAGAGACACGUUACAGAAGAGAAGGAACACGAUUCAUUAUGAACUGUGGAAACAAGAUGAGGUUGUAUCCUUUCAUAUGAAUGUUUGUUGUGAGCCUUUUUGUUAAGCUUAUUACUUCCCAAGUGGUAAUCACUUACUCAUGCUGAUAUAGGACUAUGAACUAUACUGCCAUUUGCGAUAGUUUCGAAAACGAAGCACUCGAAAACGAAGAACAAAGCACGAAGCGCCCAAAACUCGAAAACGAAGCACCCAAAUCUCGAAAACGAAGCACCCAAAACUCGAAAACGAAGACCCCUAGAUCGAAAACGAAGCACCCUAUCUCGAAAACGAAGCACCCUAUCUCGAAAACGAAGACCCCAAAAUCUCGAAAACGAAGCACCCUAAACUCGGAAACGAAGCACUCAAAACUCGAAAACGAAGACCCCUAAAUCUCGAAAACGAAGCACCCAAAACUCGAAACCACUGUAGGUUUAAUAAGUGCAACUUUACGUCUUACAUGACGCAAUCCGAAUCAGGUGGAGGCAGCGGAUGUGCCCGCACCUCUAAAGGUCCACAAAAUCCAUCCCAAGGUUUUAUAACCAACUGUUUCACUGAACAUUUCUAGAUCGGUCAGUGUAAAACGCAGACUGCGGACUGUAGACUGCAGACUGCGGACCAGGGGUAAAAUGCAGACUGAGUGUAAAAUGCAGACUGCAGACUAAGAGUAAAACGCAGGCUGGGGUAAAAUGCAGACCGAGCAUAAACUGUAGUCGUGGAAGGGUUUAAGGGCAAAAAAAUCCCGCAAAUACAUGUAAACGAACACUUAAUUGAUGACAUCUGCGUUCACAAAUCCAUUCCUUUCUUCUCUGGAACGUCGUCGACGACCCGAAAACAUAAUCGCAAUCUUGAACCUUUUUUCCAUCCGAGAGACUUCACGCUUCAACUUUUGAUGCGAAGUUUUCGAUAUACGUGACCAGGGACCGUGAACUGGUACAACACCACAAUGUUUACGCUUAAAUGAAAGCUGCUGACCCAAAAUACUGUACAGGAAGAAUUAUGGCGAUAAAAAAAGGGAGUAAGUCAUUCCAACAACAAAGAAAGAUGUUCUGCAAGAAAUUUGGAUGACCUUCUAUGAAAGUAUUGCAAAUCAAGGUACGCAGACUUCAGCUGUUUGGAUGUUCAUUGAAACUUCUGGCGAAUGUGCAAUUCACUUCGACUAGGAAGCGAAGUGUGUAACUGAUACCGGCUAGCUAUUUCACCGAUUUGAAGAAGAAGGAGCACAAAUGUUUAAAAAAGUCUACAGUCUUUGUUCUGCAUUUUACCCCAGCCUGCGUUUUACACUUAGUCUGCAGUCUGCAUUUUACACUCAGUCUGCAUUUUACCCCUGGUCCGCAGUCUGCAGUCUGCAGUCCGCAGUCUGCGUUUUACACUGACCGGUUUCUAGAUAGGAUAUCCUGUAUUAAUUUUAUUAUUAGUCUCCCUAUACUUGAUACAUCUUACCUUAAUAUGCAUUUUUUCGGUACACAUACAUGUUUAUGUAGACUUCAGAACUGUCCGUCAGCAGAUUUUGGCGUAUUCAAGUACGCGUGAGCAGUAACACAAAAGGUCUGAAACGAGGCUGAAAACGGAGUGUGAGGCUCGCGUGUAUUACUCUUACGCCACGCUUCACCGACUUCUUUACUGAUUUUGAGAAAAAAAACCGAUUGUUUUGCAGUCUAACAUAUUGGAUAUCUAUGACACUGCGUGAUCAGAUCAGAUCAGAUCCAGGCAGAAUUUGUUCUAGGAUAACAGCCUGGGACCAGGCUCUAUGGUGGGGAACAGGAGAAUUCGUUAUCGUGCUUCAUUCCUGCUGUAUUAGCAUUGGUCUCGUGUUUAUAAAGGACAGACCGGUUUCGAGUUUUUGGGUGCUUCGUUUUCGAGAUUUAGGGGUCUUCGUUUUCGAGUUUUGGGUGCUUCGUUUUCGAUCUAGGGUGCUUCGUUUUCGAGAUUUGGGUGCUUCGUUUUCGAGAUUUGGGUGUUUCAUGCUUUGGUCUUUUUUUUUGGAGUGCUUCGUUUUUGAAACUACCGCCAUUUGCAGGCUGCCUGUAGUAAUGCCCCGCUUAUAAUUCCAGUUUCUAGUGUGAGGCCGGCCUUUAAAAAAAUAAAAAUAUGAUAUAUUUUGACUUAAAAAAAUAAGAAUAUGAUAUAUUUUAAGACUGGACCUUAAGCCUACUUUUCAAAAAUACUUUACUAGAGAAUUCUUUUUUAAGAUAUUCAUGUCAAUUUUAAUCGCGGUUACUCCUUUGUUUUUAGUUAUUUCUGUGCACAGGCUAUGUAUUACAGAAACUGUUUCUUUCGCCCCCAAGUCAUCAUGCCCUAUUUACUCAGCACCCCAUUUGUAAAGCCCCCUAUUUGUAAUGUGCUUGCUUUGGUUUAUGGCUUAAAGAACGAGGAUUACUACUUCGGGUGAAAUGACUUGGGGGCAAAAUAACUGUAAAGCACAUAAACUACAUUACAGUACUAUAUUAUAGUAUCAUGACCUGUCAUAUAUUAUAUAAUGCUUCAUACGAUGUUCGAUAUAUGCUAUUUAUUAUAUGGAGGAGAGUGUUUUACUGGGAACUAAACCACUCGUAGAUUCCAUACGCCACUUCAUCCGGGACCCGAGUGGCGUAUUUUCCGUAUGUCACCUUUGUGAGUGUCGUAUCGUUCAAUGACGUCACGAUUCCCGCUUUUUGCUUUUGUUGAAUUGGUUUCUCCAUAUAAUAAAAAGAACAUUACACGUUGGCUCGAAGAUAUGAAUUUUAUGUUCUCGUGGUAAGAACAAUAUCUCAUUCGUUCGCUUCGCUCACUCGUGAGAUAUUGUUCUUGCCACUCGAGCAUAAAAUUCAUAUCUUCUCGCCACCGUGUAAUAUCCUCUCUAUCUGUAGUCUUAAAUACUUCGAAAAGCCUUUUUUUGCACUUUUCAAGCAGGUGUAAAUCCUUAAUCAAGUGAAAAUCAGACGUUAUGAUACUAUGGCUACAGGUGCUGUAUACUUCCACAGAUUUUAUAUGGUGCAGUCUUUUAAAAAUUUUCCUCGCUGGGUAGGUGUUUAUUUGUUUUACGUACAGCAAGUUUCUCUUUCAAAGGGUGGAUAACACUAUCCACUGGAUAAAUCUCUGUCCAGUGGUUAGUUCAAUAUAUUGGUUUCCCUAGUUCUUAUCAGCUGGAUUGUGAUUUAUCCAGUGGAUAGCGCUCUUCAACGUUUGAACAACUGGAGCUAGGUUGACAAUGCUAUCCACCAGCCUUUCCAGUAGACAAGUGUGGGAAAGCAAUUAUUGAGUUAUCCAGUGGAGAAUGAUUUAUACGGUGUCUAGUGCUGUCCACACUUUGAUCCGCUGGGAAAUGGUUACAUGCAUGGGUUAGUCUUUAGCAUUUACAUGGCUCUUGACUAGUAAUUUUACAGCAUUUUUACUCAUCAAGUGCUAUGGCAGCCGUAAUCCAAGAUCUUAGGGACAUCAGUAAAAUAAUGGUGUGCAAAGAAUUCUCUACUCAUAAACCCUGAGAGGACAAAAUUAGUGGUUGUUGGCUCAGCACAACUUAUUAAGAGGCUACCUCAUAUCUCCUUUUCCCUGUUGGGCAAAACUAUUUCACCAGUUUCAGUUGCUAAGGAUCUCGGGGUAUACAUGGAUCAAUAUCUUACCUAUGAUGUACAUGUUACUAAAACAGUCUCUAGUUGCAUGAACCAGUUGGUAAAGAUAGGUAGAAUAAAAUUAAACAUCUUUUGGAUAAGAAAACCCUUUUAUUACUUGCAAAUAGCUUUGUUUUCAGUAAACUUUUUUAAUGUUCCUUAGUAUGGGGGAACACAUCUAAACAUAACCUACACAAAGUGCAGUUGGUACAAAAUUUUGCUGCCAGAGUUGUAUUAGGUUUAAAGAGCUUUGAUGACAUCUCCCAGGAAUGUAGAUCUCUUAAAUGGUUAGAUGUUACAGAGAAGGUUCUGUUUAAUGACUUAGUUUUAGUAUUCAAAUGUGUGAAUGGCUUGGCUCCAGAUUAUUUAGGUAAAUAUUUUAUUGAACAUUCAGCAGUUCACAACAAUAACAAAAGGAGAUGUAACAAUUUUGUGGUCCCCCGAUGUGGACUGUCAAUGGGACAAAGGGAACUUUAUUUUCAGGGUCUAAGGGAAUGGAAUAGGCUAGCUGACAAUAUUAAGAACACUAAAGAUAUUGAUAGUUUUAAGCAGACACUUUUUAAUAAUAUGUUUCAUACGAAAUAAUUUUGAAAUAUAUUUUGAAUAAUUCUGAAUGUAUUUUGAAUUUCAUUAAACUACUGUAAAUAAGUUUUCUUUUGUUAAUUGCCAGUAUAAUGAAAUAGUUAACAUUGUGACUGAAAAGCCCUGUUGAAGGGAGUCUCAAUAAAGUAUGUAUGUAUGUAGGUAUUUUGCUCAUGUUGCCUUUGCAUGCAGUCACUUGAGCUCCUGACAUGGCGUCAGUAACGACCCUGUAUAGUAUAGUAAUGUUCUAACCAACUGAUGCUUUAAAAGAAGUAUCCUAACUAUCCUAACUAUCAGGCGAACGUGUUCCGGUGUGCCUUGUCCCCAAGACAAAGCGAUUCGCAGAUUUCUGCACCGUUAAGUUUCAAGACCAGUUGUAAUCCUGUGCUUGUUAUUUUUUCUCUGUUAUGUAGUGCUUUUAAUCAUAUUUACAUAAUUAUCUAUUUGAUUAUUUUUGCAUUGUAUUGUCUUCUGUUAGUGUCACUGACCUUCCUUGUAAUUCAGCCUUUAGGCUGCGAGAGGGAUAUCAAUAAACUAUUACUUUACCUUGAACUGUUUUGCAAUAGGUCACUAGUGCUGCUUGCUUGUUUCUUGCUGGAAAGGUGGAGGAAACUCCAAAAAAGUGCCGAGAUAUAAUCAAGACAGCCAAAAGCAUUUUGACAGAUGCUCAGUUUGAAGUUUUUGGUGAGGACCCAAAGGUAAACAUCUACAAAAGCUAAUUAACUGGAGAUGCAAUGGUUUUAUUGGAACCCCAUAGCACUUUGUACUAUUAGUUAAACUGGAGGAAAGUUUACAGUGGACCAUUGCUGUCUACCAGGCAUUUUAUGUUAUUUGCAUGGAACCGAUGUUAUACAAUAUAGGCAAUUACCAAACCAUUUGUGUAGUUUUGAGUAAUAAUACGUGUAUAUACGUUGUAAUAUGUGACCCAAGGAACUGCAAGGAUAAGGAACAGGGAAAAUUAAUAUCCAUCUGUUACAUGUAUUGUAUUUUUCUUUAAUACUGGUACCACCAUGGCUUUUAGAACCAAUAUUUCUCUCCAGCACUCAAGUCUGAAAUCAUCAUCUGCAAAAAGCUGCUCCCAUGAAACUUGAACAUUUUUCAUGAGCAUUUUUUUUUUUUAUGUCAGAUGAUAGUGGGUAACUGCGAUUAAUUUAGGCACCUGAAUAAAGUUUUCGUUACUUGUGACUGAUUUUUUUUGUAGGAAGAAGUAAUGAUGUAUGAAAGGGUGUUGCUUCAAACAAUUAAAUUUGAUUUACAAGUGGAACAUCCGUAUCCAAGCCUUCUAAAGUUUGGAAAAGCCUUGAGAGGUAUGUAAGCCAGCCUGCAGAUUGCUCAAGAAAAGGAAGAUUUUACAUGUGUGUACCUUCUUAAAUUAACCCUUUGAUUCAACUGGAGGCUGAUAUUAAAAAAUUUACAAAAAUUCCAACUUUCUGUUUGAAAAAUCCAGAGAAACAGAUGGUUUUAAGUUAUGCAAAAAGUCUGCCAAACGGGCAAAAAGGUUUCACUUUCAUUUAAGUGGUAACACUAUAGGAUUUUUUCUACAGAGUAAUUGAUUUAAAAGAAUGCAUGACAAGUUAUCCUGCCACACCUUGUUUAGGAUCAAAGAUUAAAGCUGCGUUGUUUAGCCCUAAUUUUUUUUAUGAUAUUUAAGUUAUCAUCAAUAACUGUAAAUUAUAAAAUCAACUAUAUAACUGAAAAUAAAAAAUCAAAGCCUUCGAUUUUUAAUUGUCAGAUAUAUAGUUGAUUUUAUAAUUUACAGUUAUUUGGUUCUCCCACUUGGAUUUCUACUGUCACGUAACUUUUACUUGUGCACACAUGUACAUUUUACACCCAUAAAUAAAAGAGAGGCAAUGUAUCAAAGAUUGCACCUUAACAUAAAGGUUGAACCUCACUCAGCUCUUACGUUUACACGCAGCCUUUCAUACAUCGCCUCUAUUUUUUAAUUGUUUACACACGUCAAAUUUACGUGCAUGUGCAUGUGAAAAUUAUACGACAAUGGAAAUCAACCCAAAGGAUUAAUGAUUUUGUCUCUUUCUAAUUUUUAUAAUACACAAACUUUUCAUGAAUAUCUCGGAAACAAGAGAAGAUAUCCCAGCAUAUAAAACUCAGUUGUUCUCUUUGUUGAAAGUACUUUUAAUUAGCUUGAAGUUCGCUUCUUUUUUGCUUCUUGGGGACUUAUAUCAUUUUCAUUUGUGAACUCAUUUCAGGUGACCGUGCAAAAAUCAACAAACUUGUCCAAAUGGCAUGGACAUUCUCAAAUGACAGGUUUGACAUUGCAGUUCAUAAUGUUAAGUCUGUGUAACCGUUUUGUAGAUGUGGGAUAACCUCAGUAGCUCGCUCUUAUGACUCUUUUAAAACUUUGUGCAUAAAAAACAGCCAUGGUGAUACAAAUAGUCCUUCUCAGUGAAUCAACACUAUCACCUGAUGAAGACCAGCAGUAUGUGGCCAAAACGUGAUGAUCGAUACCUAAGGGACAAUCGUGAGACAAACAAUAAACAAAACCCUUUAAACACAUUAUCCACUAUGAACAAUAAUCUUUCAUGAGGUAAUGAUUAUGUUGAUGAUGACUGAUGAUUGCAAAGAAGUGCUGAUUGAUGGUCUCUGUAAUGUACCAAGUUUUGACAGUGCCUCUGAAAAAUAAAAAUUAAAUGAUUUAUUGUUAAUAACAGUAUUGUAUUGAAUCCCCUAGUCUAUCCACUACAUUGUGUUUGAGGCACAAGCCUGAGGUCACUGCUGUAGCUAUGAUAGCACUGGCUGCCAAGUUUAACAACCAUGAUCUUCAAGCAUCUGCAAGUGUACCUGGGAAAACCUGGUUCCAAUCAUUUACCAAGGGAGUUCCUGAAUCAGUUAUUGAAGGUACUGUAGUGAUUCUUAUCUCUUGAAAUGGUCAAGACAGCAGCAAAACCUCAAAAAGUUUUAAAAAUAGUGCGACUUUUUGAAUUUUAACAAACACAUUUUGACGGUACAUCCGUCAUCGUCAGUGUGACUGUUAUGAAAGUUUACCGCUGAUAAAAUGUGCCUGUUACAAUGUACAGUAUACGUUACAUUGCAUUGGAAAACAAUACACUGUAUAAAUUUAAAGUUAACAAAAUUAACAGAUGCGUGCGCAUGCAUCUAUAGAGAAAGCAUGAGAUUGAUGUGUUUGACCUGUUGAUGAAGGUCGGGCUUUUUCCGCUUAAUGUACAUAGACUCCCUAAGCUUAACCUGAUACCUUGUAGGGGCAGAGUCUUAGAUCUUAAAGCAGUCUAAGUUACAGGAGGUACGACAAGACUCUGAAAUCUGUAAGUGCUUAUAAACAUGAAACGAUCUGUCCGAUGACGUGUGCUCGUGCAUGAGCUUGGAAAAGUGUCUGAUUGUUUCGCCAACGUAACAAGCGUUACAGCUUGCACAGGAAAAUUUGUAGAUGAUGCGUGUACGAGGCCUGUCAGGGAGAGGAUCUUUCAUGUUGAAUAAGUUCUUAAUUUUAAAAGUGGAAUAAACUAACUUGAUGUCAAUUGGUUUACAGAACCGGUUGAUGAGUUUGUACACCCUCCGUUGUGCAACAACCCCAAAAAAAAACCCAAUGUAGGGGAUGUUGAAAUAGUGCCUAGGCAACUCUUACUGCUCGACACCUGUCGAAGGUCGAGUAUCUACUUAUCUCUUGCUACCAUGGCAUGUGACAUAACGACUUCUCCUCUCUGUUUUGGCCUGCAUGAGAAUCUCAUGAAAAGGUUUUUUAAAAUUACAGUAUCUAAUUUGUUUUAAGUGUUGUAGAGGCCAUACCAACAGUAUGUCUAAAUGGAAAACUUGGCAAGUUUUCUUAUAAAACCGAAAAAAUUUCCUCAUAAGAAUGAUAAAAAAAUAUAUUUCUUAAUAUGUAACAAUUUUUUCUUGUAGAAGAAAACCUGCUUGAAUGUGCAAAUAAUACAACUUAAUCAUGGCUUUGCUCUGGUAUUUUAAGGCAUAUGCGAUGAAAUGAUGGAACUCUAUGGUGGUGGAAAGAAGAAGGAGAAAACAGAAGCUAGUGAUGAGGGGAGUUCAUCAAAUCAUUCCAGUCCAUUGCCCAGCUCAAGUCCUCCAGCAAAGAAAAGGGUGGGACCAGUUAUUCCAAAGUUUUUCUUUAGUUUCUCACUUUUGUGCCUUCUAAAAAGUCAACAAUCACUUGUUCUUUACAGUAUUUUUGUUAAAAAAUAAUUGUAAUUGUUUUUUUGUUUGUUUGUUUCUUUUUUUUUUUUUCCUAUUUUUUCCGUCUUUUUUCAGAAACACACCAGCAUUUCAUCUGACAUCAAAUCCCAGACAACUGCAUCCGGUAAGAAAGUUUUUUCUGUAGUUAGUUAGUUAGUUAGUUAUUUAUCUGUUUAUUUAUUCAUUAUAAUAAUACUAUUGUUGAUACGUGCGUGAUGACAAUUAUUCAAGUACACGACUCCUUCGUGGUCAUACCUGCCAUAAUAUGGCCACAGAGACGCAGUCUUGAAUAUCUUAAAUGAAUGAAUGAACCUUAUUUAAGUGUCAGAGUAUUUAGCUAGGUAUUAGCUAAUUGUGGACACUAAAAGAACAUUCCAAAUACAAAAUAAAAAAUUGAAAUAGGGAUGCUACGAGUGUUAUAAAUCUUUUUUAAAAUGUACAAUCAUUUUGAAGACACGGAAGGUUCAGCAUAAAAAUCCAAAAAUCUGUACUAUUCACAAAUUUAAUAUCGCUUAUCUUAUUAUAUAAAAAGACGUGUGAACACGGAGGAGAACGUGUCACAUUUCCUCUUAUGUUUAUCCAUCUGAUAAAGCGUGAGCUAACCACAUCAUAUAGUAACGCAAGACUGAAGCGAUUGAGAUAUUUCUUUCUAUACUUAAUUAUAUACGAUUAACUGCCGCUUGUAAGCUUCCUACUUAUAAGCCCCCCUGUUAUAGGCCCAUCUACCUGCAAACAAAAUAAUAUAUCCUCCCCCCUCCAGAUGUAUUGAAAUAAAUGCGAUUUAUUAUGGCGUUUGAAGGUAAGUUAAAAACCAGCAAAUGUAAAAUGUGUUUUGAUCUGCACUGCUUGCUUGUUUCGAGGCGCUUUUUCUAUUCCGAUCAUAAGCUCUCUUGGAUUAAGCCCCUCUCCGUUUAUAAGCCUUCCUAAAACUAGCCUGUGAACAGACUCUCUGUUUGGGGAAAGGGUGAAAAAAAAUCGCGAUUUUUUCACUCCUUCCCCAAAAUGAUAGUCUGUUCACAGGCCAUCCCAAAACCCCUUACGAAGAUGUAUAGAGUGUUUUCACUCACGUGGCCAGCAUCUAUGCAAAUUUAUUGGAACAAAAGAAAGCGUUUGCAUAAGAAAAAAGUUCAACUCCCACAGGAUUGGUUUAGGACACCAACAUGGCAGCCGUUUCAUUGUUUUGGGACACAAAUAUGGCCGCCGUGACGUCAUGUGAAAACACUCUAUAAGCCCAGGGCUUAAAAGCUGCAGUUAACAGUAUACUAAUUAGUUUUUUUCCACUUCUUUGAAGAUACUCCUCCUGUCGUCAGCCAGACACCAGCAGAACCACUAAAGCCACUUCCACCAGCUCUAACGUCAUCUCACAUACAAGUGGAGAAUGUGAGUCCUGCACCUCCCGCGCCCACCCCCUCACAGCAGCAACAACAGCAACCUGUCACGGUCACGACAGAGCCUCCAAAAGUCACGCAAACUGUAGACACAACAUUUGUCACAGCAGCUCAAACCGGAAAGCAAACCACCGACAUGACUGUAGCCGCCAAUGUUCACCAGCCGACCUUAGCGGUGUAUUCCACUGUCACGUCAUCUUACAUAGCGGAGCAAAGUUACGCCAUGAACCCUUAUCAACAGACAGUGCAGCCAGCAGGAGGGGUAACACUUACAACAAAUGCGUCAUUUCAAGCAUCUGUUGGUAGCUCAAACCUUGGUUCUAUGGCGUCCUUCCAUCUGCCAACUCAAUUUCAGAAUCAGUCUUAUUUGCCACCAACUCAGGGCUAUACCCACUUCCCUGCCCCUGGGGGCUACCCUAAUGCUCCUCCACCUCCUCUCCCACCCGUCCCUCCCAGUUCUCUUUACCCUCCCCCUCCAAGUGGCAUCAACACUCUCCAGAACCCUCCUGGGUAUAGCAUGCCUCCUCAAACCAGACCACCCCAUCCGCCCAUGUCGCUUCCUCCUCCACCCCUCCCUCCAUUACAUAGCGGACAGUUGCCCCCAUUACCACGAGUAGGUUCUACUGAUUUUCAGUGGCCAAGGCAAUUUGGAGUUCCUCCAACGCAAAGCCAGCAGAUGGGAGGUUGGAUGAAAUGACGAAAUUGAUAUUGCUGAUUCAGAUACCGUGUGGCACUUUAUUCGUGUGGGUUCGGAUUUUUGCGUUUUUUUGCCCGCAAGUAAAAAAAAAGACAAAAAUUUAAAAUCGAAUACACGGUCAAAUGUCGUUUGAAUAGGUUUGGUAAAGAAAGAAAGCGACUACAGAUAUGAAGAAUACCAGCAUGAAUCAAAUCCUACCACACAAAGAGGUUGGACCUGUAUUUUGUCUCCAUCAGAAACGUAAAAACUUUGAAUGCAGUUGUUUCUGUGAAUUUCAGAAAUAGAUUUCCAGUGAAAAAGUUCAGAUCAGUUGGCUCAGGUUUCAAUAGGAGAUGUGCAGUUCAUAGCUAAAGCCAUGGAAAGGCAUGGACAGUUAAUAAAGUUUUCAACUGCGUUUUGAAAAUGAAGGUUCAAUUACCUCUGGCGUCAAUUUCAAAGAUACUCUACUUACUUAAGUAAGCGCCACGACGCUUGUUACAUUUUCACGCCUCUAAUGUGGCGCUUUUUCGAUGGCGGCGUUUAUUUGAAAGUUGACGCGAAAAAGAGUGGUUUUAACUACGGUCUUAUUACUUUCGGUAUUUAACUAAAAGAUUUAACGUCUUUAGAUGUUGAUUACAGAGAGUUGAGCUUCACGUAUACGACAGACGUCAGAUUCAAGUUGAGAAUUUCUCAGAAUAGAAAGUGAGCAAAUAAAAAUAAUUCUUAUGGAUAAAAAAUCGCUGAGGAAUGUGGAUACCAAGAUGGAGGGUGGAGAGUUAAACGCGUACCGUAUAAACCUCCACCCACUUGUAACCGCUCUGUGGUAGUAGCCAACUAGAAAGCUUGGCUCCUUUGGCUUCUACACACUUUUUCCUUUGUUAUGCUUAAUUCAAUGUAUAGUUAGCUCUGUUUUUACUCCUUUUAUUGUUGUUGUAUUAUAAUUGAAUAAGUGUGUAUAAAAGAACUUGAACUUGAUUUAUGUGUAGAGAUAAUGAAC